GAGAUUUAAAAAGACAAAAGUGAUAAACAGAAAGCAGUUUAAGGAAGCCUUAGGUCAAUAGAUUCUUGCAAUGUCUUUCAUAUAUAUUUGGACCUCCUCCAUUCAAAUUUCUUCUCAGUAUUACUAUUGAUAAGCAUCAGUUUGCAGCCUUAUUUGAAUCAUACAAAAUUCAAUUGUUUCCGGGGUCUGUAUCAAGAGCCUUAGCAUGCCACAUUUAGGAGUGCAACUCCUUGUUCAAGAUCGUCAUGUGGUGAUGGAUAAUGGGAUACUGCAAGUCACUCUGUCAAACCCAGAUGGAAUUGUCACUGGCAUACGAUACAGUGGCAUCGACAAUUUACUUGAAGUUCAAAAUGAAGAAUCUAAUAGAGGGUACUGGGACCUCGUAUGGAAUACAGCAGGAACUACAGGAAUUUUCGAUGUGAUUAAAGGAAAAAGUUUUAAGGUUAUUGUAGAAACCGAAGAACAAGUGGAGGUCUCAUUCACAAGAACAUGGGAUUCCUCACAGGAGGGCAAACUCGUUCCCCUGAACAUAGAUAAAAGGUUUGUAAUGCUUCGUGGUUCCUCAGGAUUCUACUCUUACGCCAUCUAUGAGCACUUGAAAGAAUGGCCUGGUUUUAACCUUGGCGAAACUAGGAUUGCGUUCAAGCUCAGAAAAGACAAGUUUCACUACAUGAUCGUGGCAGACAAUAGACAAAGAUACAUGCCAUUACCUGAUGACAGAUUGCCACCAAGAGGCCAACCCUUGGCCUAUCCUGAGGCAGUUCAGCUUGUCAAUCCUGUCGAGCCAGACUUCAAAGGAGAGGUGGAUGAUAAGUACCAAUACUCAAUUGAAAAUAAAGACAACAAGGUACACGGGUGGAUAUGUAUGGACCCGGCAGUAGGGUUCUGGCAAAUUACACCAAGCGAUGAGUUUCGAUCUGGUGGACCAGUUAAACAGAACUUAACCUCUCAUGUUGGACCAACCACCCUUGUGAUGUUUCUCAGUGCUCAUUAUUCGGGAGAAGAUUUGGUGCCGAAAAUUGAAGCUGGUGAGGCAUGGAAGAAAGUAUUUGGACCCGUGUUUAUGUAUUUUAAUUCUGUGAUGGAUGGAGAUGACCCUCUUUCGCUUUGGGAGGACGCUAAAUUGCAGAUGUUGAUUGAAGUCCAAAGCUGGCCUUAUAGAUUUCCAGAUUCGGAGGAUUACCAAAAAUCGGAUCAACGAGGGAAUGUCAGUGGCAGACUAUUAGUGCGAGACAGGUUUGUCAGCGACGAUUAUAUACCAGCAAAUGGAGCUUAUGUUGGACUAGCACUACCAGGAGAUGUCGGAUCGUGGCAAAGAGAAUGCAAGGAUUACCAAUUCUGGAAUAGAGCAGAUGAGGGCGGCUACUUUUCCAUCAAUAAUGUGCGCACUGGUGACUAUAACCUUUACGCAUGGGUUCCUGGCGUUAUUGGCGAUUAUCGAUACGAUGUUUCCAUUACUAUUACAUCUGGUUGCGACAUUGAGAUGGGUGAUCUCGUGUACGAGCCUCCAAGAGAUGGGCCAACAUUGUGGGAAAUAGGCAUUCCUGAUCGUUCGGCAGAGGAGUUUUAUGUUCCUGAUCCUAAUCCUAAGUACAUCAAUAAACUCUAUGUUAAUCAUCCUGACAGGUUUAGGCAGUACGGACUGUGGGAAAGAUAUGCCGAAUUAUAUCCUGAUGGAGACCUGGUGUACACCGUUGGAGUUAGUGAUUACAGAAAAGAUUGGUUCUAUGCUCAGGUUACCAGGAAGAAGGAUGAUAACACAUACCAGAGAACCACAUGGCAAAUCAAGUUUAAUCUUGACGAAGUGGAUCAAAAUGGCAUCUAUAAACUACGUGUAGCACUUGCAUCGGCUACUAUUUCUGAAUUGCAGGUUCGAAUAAACGAUCCAAAGGCCAAACCCUUAUUUUCAAGCGGAUUGAUAGGGAAGGAUAACUCAAUAGCAAGACAUGGAAUUCAUGGACUCUACUGGCUGUAUGGCAUAGAUGUACCUGGUGCUCGACUUGUUGAAGGUGAUAACGCUGUGUUUUUGACACAGCCAAGAAGCACCAGCCCUUUCCAGGGGAUUAUGUAUGAUUAUAUUCGUCUGGAAGGCCCUCCUUCUUCUAGUUCCAACACACCGGAGACAUCAUUUUAGCCCAAUAAAAACCAAGUCAGAACUGGCAGCAGCUUGUUGUCCGAAGGGGUGCAAUUGCAUAUUCAAAAAGACUAUGUGGUUUUGGACAAUGGCAUACUCCAGGUCACAUUAUCAAAUCCAGGAGGGCAUGUCACGGGAAUACAGUACAAUGGCCUCGAGAAUUUGCUCGAAACUGACAAUGGUGAAUCUAAUAGAGGGUACUGGGACGUUGUUUGGAGCGGGGAAGGAGUUACACGAAAAAAGGGUGAUUUGGACAGACUGGACGGAACCAAUUUAACUGUAGUAGUUGAAAGUGAAGAAAAAGUUGAGAUCUCCUUCACGAGGAUGUGGAAUUCCUCACUUCAGGCCAAGGUUGUCCCCUUGAACUUCGAUAAAAGAUACGUAAUGCUUCGUGGGUCAUCAGGAUUCUACACAUAUGCCAUUUAUGAACAUUUGAGGGGCUGGCCUGCUUUUGAUCUUGCUAAUACCAGGAUCGUGUUCAAGCUUACUAAGCAAAAGUUUCGCUAUAUGGCCAUAGCAGACAACAGACAACGUUAUAUGCCCCUGCCUGAAGACCGGUCACCAGAGAGAGGACAGACUCUAGCCUAUCCAGAGGCAGUCUUACUUGUCCAUCCCAUAGAGCCUGAAUUUGAAGGAGAGGUGGAUGACAAAUACGCAUAUUCCUGCGAGAGCAAAGACAUAGGUGUUCACGGGUGGAUAUCGGCCGAUCCGCUUAUUGGUUUCUGGCAAAUUACACCGAGCAAUGAGUUCAGAACGGGUGGACCCCUCAAACAAUUCCUAACUUCCCAUGUGGGCCCCACUACUCUUGGCGUAAUGCAUAGCACUCAUUAUGCGGGAGCGGACAUCACAAUAAAAAUCGGGCCUAACGAGCCAUGGAAGAAAGUGUACGGCCCAGUUUUUGCUUACGUCAAUUCUCUGUCGGAUGGAAGGGACCCCCUCUCACUCUGGAAAGACGCUAAAAAACAGAUGAUGAAUGAAGUUCAUAUGUGGCCCUAUGACUUCAUAGCUUCAGAAGAUUUUCCAUCAUCAAAACAACGGGGUAGUGUCGGUGGCAGAUUACUGGUCCUAGAGAGGUACGUUUCCAACGCAACGAUACCUGCAGAAGGUGCUUAUGUGGGGCUGGCAGCCCCGGGAGAAGCUGGCUCCUGGCAGCUAGAAUCCAAGGGCUACCAAUUUUGGAACAAAACAGAUGAAGGUGGAAAUUUCACAAUCAAUGGCAUACGGCCCGGUGACUACAAUCUUUAUGCAUGGGUCCCUGGUUUUAUUGGAGAUUACAAAUUUACUUCUCUCAUCAACAUAAACUCAGGCUGUAACAUUGAUAUCGGUGAUCUUGUAUAUGAGGCUCCAAGGAAUGGCUCCACGUUGUGGGAAAUAGGUUUCCCUGAUCGUUCUGCCGCAGAGUUUUACAUUCCUGAUGCAAACCCAAAAUAUAUCAACAAACUUUAUCUCAAACAGGAAAGGUACAGACAAUAUGGAUUGUGGGAAAGAUAUGCAGAGUUAUAUCCCACUGCGGAUUUGGUUUUCACAGUUGGCAAGAGUAACCAUACAACAGAUUGGUUUUUCGCUCAAGUUACAAGGAAGAAGGAUAAUACCACGUAUGAAGGCACUACAUGGCAAAUAAAGUUCUUGCUGGAUGAAGUGGAUGAGCGCGCCGCAUAUAAGCUACGCUUGGCGCUUGCAACAGCUAAUGUUGCCGAAUUGGAGGUUCGGGUGAAUGAGCCGAAUGCAAAUCCUCAGUUUUCAACGGGAGAGAUUGGCAAGGAUAACACGAUCGCAAGACAUGGGAUUCAUGGGCUUUACAGGCUAUUCAAUGUUGAUAUUCCCGGAGCUCAGCUUCUGAUAGGAAAUAAUACCAUUUUUCUGACACAAACAGCCAGUAUCAGCCCUUUCCAAGGAGUUAUGUACGAUUAUAUUCGCUUAGAAGGUCCAUCACCACCACAUUAAACCCUUCAGGAGAUAUGAUUUUUUUUAGGGAAAACAUUAGCUAGCUCUAUUUCUUCAAACGAUUAUUGGCAGAAAUCAUAAUACAGGCGUCCACCUUUUUUUGUUUUC